AUGGCUGGCGUCCAUCCCAACGCAUACCUUGAUCUUCUCAAGUCAGGGGACUACUCGGAUUUCUCCAUCACCUGCCGGGGGGCAAACUUCAGAGUCCAUAGGGCGGUUGAAACCGCUUCACGAAAGAUCGACCUCUCAGAAGAUGAUCCUGAGACCGUCAGUCGGGUCGUCCUCUUCAUGUACACAGGCGAUUACAACGAAAGACAAAUCCCCGCCUUCCUCCUUCCUGACCAAGUCGAGUAUCUGUCAGCUACAACCCAGGCCGCAGCAGACGAGAAGGCGGCCGCUUCAAGCAGCACUCCCGACGGCCCGACAGUCUUUGAAGUACUGAAGACAAAUGCUCUUGUCUACAAGUGCGCCGACAUGCUCGGGGUCGAGGAUCUGAAGGUGCUAGCUGCAGAAAGAUUCAUGGCAGACGCACGUACAGUGUUCUCAGAGGAAGGUUUUGCGACUAUCUCAUGGCCCCGACGAAACCAAUAA